AUGGAAGGUUACCGCAUGCAAGAUGGGUCCUCCGACGACAGCCAUCGGAAGGGCUACCAUGAGCACCUCGACGACAUCCAUCCUGAGAGCGCACUGAAGAAGAUGCGAACGGCUGGUAGUAUAUCGAUCUCACCUGAACUGUUCGAGAAGAUGUACCUAUCCCCGCAGAACAAGGUGCCAGGAGAUUUGAGGAAGAAAUUCGCCAAUCCGACGCCAAUUGCCAUAUGUGGCUUUGUCAUGUCACUCGGUCCUCUCAGCUGUGAUCUCAUGGGCUGGCGAGGAGCUGGCGGGAAUGGUGCCGCGAGCAUACCGGUCUACCUAUUCUUUGGCGGUAUUCUGAUGAUAAUCGGAGGCUUGCUUGAGUUCAUUCUGGGCAACACGUUUCCAUCCGUGGUAUUCACCGCCUUCGGGGCAACUUGGCUGUCUUAUGGCGGCACCUUUCUUCCCCAGCUCAACGCAUACGCAGCCUACGCACCGCCGACUGCCUCAUCCCCGGCUGAAGGCCUACAAACCCAGGGUUUCAACGCCAGUAUAGGCAAGUGCCUAGGGUUCUGGACCCUUUCGAUGGCUCUUCUGUGCUUCGUGUUCCUCAUCUGCUCGCUGCGUACCAAUAUCGUCUUCGUCGUUACCUUCUUCGCCCUCAUUUUUCACUUUGGAUUCGCAACUGGUGCAUUUUGGGCCCUGGGUGCGGACUACGCCGGCAACGCCCAUUUCGCCAGCAGGCUACUGGUGGGAGCUGGUGCCUCUGCUUUCGUUGCCACGGCGGCUGGGUGGUGGAUUUUAUUCACCAUAUUACUGGCAUCUGUUGACUUUCCGUUUGCGUUGCCUGUUGGGGAUCUCAGUACCGCUAUUCGCGGUGCCAGCGAGCGGGGACGAAGUCAGGUGUAA